ACAACCGCGAGAAGAACUAUACUUCAAAACACAAGACAAAAUUAAAAUUAUAAAUAUCAAAAGAAUGCCAAAAGAAGACUCUAUGUCAAUAGUUAUUCGCGUAAAGAUAAAGUUGUUCUCAUUGCGUAGUCAUAUGACAGUGCCAGUGGCUCGGACCAUUUGAUCGUUUGUGAUUCCUUGUAUUUCAAGGAUAUGUAUUCCUUGAUACUGUGGUUAGUGACGGCAUCUCUAAUUCUUGUUACGGUUGCACUUGAGUGUGACAAAGGUCAAUAUAAGAGCGAUUUUCUGAGUGGCGGCUGUGCCGCUUGCCCAACAACAUUAGAGCAAUGCGGAGAUGAGGAGAUCGAUGAUGCCCGACGGUGCUUUUUGGCAUGUGGGAAAUUAUUUACCACAAAGGCACCAAUCACCAGCCCAACAAUCCCAGUACUGGUGACAAAACCCACUACGACACCUCGUCCAAUCACAAAAUGGUUAAUAACAAAACACUGGACGAUAACCGAUUUUGAAAAGUUCAAGAAGACACUUGUAUUAUCAACGCCAACUGUUCUGAGCAACAACAGCAACAACAGCAAUGGCAAUUCUAUCGGUGUGAUAUUAGGCUUACUGAUAGCAGUAUUGAUCUGCGUCCUAAUUGGCAUUUUCAUGUCGUGGUUUAUCUGGCAACUAUACCAGAAAAACAAGAGAAGUAGUCAACAAGAGCCAAGACCGCCAAGUCCUUAUUCAGCGGUAGAUCAGUCGAACUCCAGUAUUGACGAUGAUAUCCAAGAAGAUGCCAUACCCGAAGACUCAGUGUCUCGUGAAAAUUUCAAUAACUUGACCGAGACAACCCUGUAAUGAGGCGUUGUUGAUAGACAAUUAAAAAGGACGCACAUAAUGUAUAUUGUUAUUCAAAAUAACGUAUGUAUCGCCAUAUUUUAUCAUAGUUUUAAAUGUAUAGUUUUGACACUGACAUGCACCCAAGAGCUCACAGACAAAAGCAACCGUAACGGCAUCAGGAUUCAGGAAAGAAGAGCGUGGUUUGUUGCAAAAUUUUGACAGCAUUGAAGCGCACAAACCAACCCAAUGGUUAAUUCGGCUUAAUCGCUAAACGACAAUAAUCGUCUUAUUAUCUAUUGUUGGACUUUAAUUCGAGGUAUUUAACAGGACCAAAAUGCGAAGUGUAAAGUUGGCACAUUUACACAAGGGAAAAUAAGCAGUGAAUAAACAGUCAAUUCGCAAAAAAGGGCGGUUCAUUUAAGCCAAAAGUGCCUGAGCGUUUUGUACUGUAUAAAAAUAAUGCUUACGUUUUCACUAGGCAAUAAAAUUCCUUCAUGUUCUAAAAAAAUGCUUUGGUUGGGCUUUUUAAACGCGCAUGCGUAUUAGAAUGAUGUUCUAUCUGCUGUUUCCGUUGCCGUUCGGGUUGGUUUUACUUUAACUCUCUAGUAUUUCACUCAUACAACGUCUUGAAUUUUAAUUCCAUCCAAAAUUUUGGAAUUAUUCCACGAAACUUAAAUUCUGAUUGAGCUCAUUAGGCGGGUGGAUGUUUUAUCACUAAGCGUAUAUAAUAUGAAUGCAGGCAUUCAGCGGUAAUUUUUAUGAUGUAUGCACUCAAAUUGUAGUUUGAAAUAGCGAAACUGCGAAACAAAAAAAAA